GAGCUCAUGAUGUUGUGCGGUUCAAUCACUGGUUCGCACCACUCUCCGAUGUCAAAUCCAACACACUCUCCUCUUCUUCGUGCUCCUCUUCUUCGUCCUCUUCCUUCGACCUAAACCCCUCCUCCGAUCACCUCAAUCCAUGGAAGCUCUCGCCACAAUCGCACCUGCACCUUCUCCAACCUCCGCCAACCUCCGCCUCCUCCUCCUCUCCUCCCCCUCCCCCCUUCCUCUCCGUCUCCGUCCCCAUCCCCUUCCUCUUCCCCAUCGCCAUCGCCAUCGCCGCCUCUUCCUCUCCUCCAAACCCUCCCUUCCUCCCCGCUUCUUCGCCUCCCUCGCCCAUGGCGACCACCACGAUCACCACCACCAUGGGCAUGGGCAUGGGCAUGGGCAUGGGCAUGGGCAUGGGCAUGGAGGGGAGAUUGAGGCGAUUGGAGGGGCGCAGAGGGUGAUCCUAGGGUUCGCGCGGGCGGUCGGGUGGGCCGACCUCGCGGAGCUCCUGCGGGAGCACCUGCAGCUCUGCUGCUGCUCCAUGGCGCUGCUGCUGCUCGCCGCCGCCUGCCCCUACGUCGCCCCCGGACGCUCCGUGAAGCCGCUGCAGAAUGCGCUCAUCGCCGUCGCCUUCCCUCUCGUCGGAGUUUCUGCAGCACUUGAUGCUCUUGUCAAUAUUGCUGGUGGAAAAAUAAAUAUCCAUGUCCUCAUGGCUCUUGCAGCAUUUGCUUCGGUAUUUAUGGGAAACGCACUGGAAGGGGGUCUACUUCUGGCAAUGUUUAACCUGGCCCACAUUGCCGAAGAGUAUUUCACGAGCCGAUCAAUGAUCGAUGUGAAGGAACUCAAGGAUAACCAUCCAGAUUUUGCACUUCUAUUGGAUUCAGAUGGUGAUAAACCACCUCAAUUUUCAAAACUGAGUUACACUAAGGUUCCCGUACAUGAUCUUAAAGUGGGUUCAUAUAUACUGGUCAGGGCUGGUGAGGCUGUACCAGUUGAUGGGGAAGUUUACCAAGGAUCUUCUACAGUUACUAUUGAACAUCUUACUGGUGAAACCAAUCCAUUAGAAAGAAACGUGGGAGAUACAAUUCCAGGUGGUGCCAGGAACUUGGACGGCAUGAUGAUUGUCAAGGUAACAAAGUCAUGGGAGGAUUCAACAUUGAAUAAGAUUGUUCAAUUGACUGAAGAAGGUCAAUUGAACAAGCCAAAACUUCAAAGAUGGCUAGAUGAAUUUGGGGAGCACUACAGCAGGGUUGUUGUAGCUUUAUCACUGGCAGUUGCUCUUAUUGGGCCAUUUCUUUUUAAGUGGUCCUUCAUUGGCAACUCAGUAUCCAGGGGCUCACUUUACCGUGGGUUAGGGCUUAUGGUAGCAGCAUCUCCGUGUGCAUUGGCUGUUGCUCCUUUAGCAUAUGCUACUGCAAUCAGCGCGUGUGCAAGUAAGGGAAUUUUGCUGAAGGGUGGACAUGUGUUAGAUGCCCUUGCUGCUUGUCAAUCCAUAGCGUUUGAUAAAACUGGUACCCUAACAACAGGGAAGCUUAUGUGUAGGGCAAUAGAGCCCAUUCAUGGGCACUCAAAAAUUCGGAGUAGAUCUAAAGAUCCACCUUGUUGUACUCCGAAUUGCGAAAGUGAAGCUCUAGCUGUAGCAGCAGCCAUGGAGAAAGGAACUACUCACCCUAUUGGAAGAGCAGUUUUAGCUCACACCAGAGGGAAGGAGCUACCUGAAGUUGGUGUGGAAAAUUUUGAAUGUCUACCUGGUAAAGGACUUUUUGCGACACUGACUGGUCUAAAGUCCGGAAACAGUGACAAUGAAUUAUUGAAGGCGUCCCUUGGUUCUGUGGAAUACAUUGCUUCUUUAUGUAAAUCUGAUGAAUCUGAAAGAAUAAAGGAAGCAGUAAAAUCUUCUGCAUAUGGUCCAGAUUUUGUCCAAGCUGCUCUAUCAGUCAAUAAGAAGAUAACCCUCUUCCAUUUUGAGGAUGAGCCUCGUCCAGGUGUUGCUGAAGUUAUAUCUACUUUAAGAGACAAAGCAAAGCUUCGGAUUAUGAUGCUAACUGGGGACCACGAGUCUAGUGCUUGGAGAGUAGCUAAAGCUGUUGGCAUUGACGAGGUGUAUUGCUGCUUAAAACCAGAGGACAAACUCAACCAAGUAAAAACUGCUUCUAGAGAUCGAGGUGGAGGUUUGAUAAUGGUAGGAGAUGGCAUUAAUGAUGCACCUGCUCUCGCUGCUUCAACUGUGGGCAUCGUGUUGGCCCGAAGGGCUAGCGCGACUGCUAUAGCUGUUGCAGAUGUGCUAUUGCUACAAGACAACAUUUGUGGCGUUCCAUUUUGUAUAGCUAAAGCCCGCCAAACUGUUUCCCUGGUCAAGCAAAGUGUUGCUCUUGCCUUAACUUGCAUCUUUUUUGCUUCUCUUCCUUCUGUUUUAGGGUUUCUCCCACUUUGGUUGACGGUACUCCUUCACGAGGGAGGAACGCUUCUCGUCUGCUUGAACUCAAUCCGCGCCCUUAACAACCCGACGUGGUCAUGGGUCGAGGAUCUUCAGCAGCUAGUCGCCGGAGUAACAAAAGCUGUAGCUGAUUUCCUUAAGAAGCGGCCUCCCCCAAAUUGCGUUGCCGAGGCGAUUCCCCUGUGAAAUUUGUGUACCUGUAACCAUACGCGAUUGUUUCGAACCACAAUCAUCAUCAUUAUCUUAAGGUGUUAAUGUUUUAAUUGUUUGGUUAAGAAUGUAGCGCAGAAUCCUCUGCCUGUAUCAGUAGAAACUGAGCUAUUUGUAAAUAAACCAACAAAAAGGGAAAAAGAAUCUGUUGACCAGUGAGAGACAUUUUCCGGGAAAUAAGUAAAUAUUAUUCGAAGCUUUUUUGUA